AGUUUUAUUAUCCCACCUCUACUCGACAAGACGUACCAGUUCACCAGUAUACUCUUGAAUUGGUCUGUCUUGGUAUCUAUGCUCCUCCCACAAAAGAAUACUAAUAUAACAAACCGAGCCGUAUCCGAAGUCCUGUCAAAACAGCGGGGAGCUAAAUAACUCUUGUUUGCAGUGCAUGGCGCGACUCACUCUUUGUGAGAAUUCGCGCCAUCUGUCUCUAUUCCCCUCACAGGUGAAGCGCUCGGCCCGAACGAGACCAUUGUCCUCACCGCUGACUUAAUGAUCAAUUCGCAUCUACGCGAUUCUAACAGAAAUCUUCAUUGAUCUACUACAGGGAAACAGGAUGACAUCAAUAGCGACGAUGACGGAGCCGGUAACCUCGAACUCGAGCCUGAAAACCCCGCCGACAGAGCGUACAUCGUUCGACCUGCCUCUCAAGGUGAUAUCCACCAUCUUUCUGCUUCUCAUAAUCAUUCUCACUAUCGCCGGGAACGGACUCGUCAUCUCAGCAUUCGCGAAGUUUCGUAAGCUACGCAGCGUGACCAAUCACUUCGUGGUAUCCCUAGCACUCACGGAUAUUUUGGUUGCCGUGUUUUCUAUGCCGAUGUGGGCAGCUUUUCUACUUACAGGGCCGGAGUGGAUAUACACGGAAUGGCUGCGGAGGGUAUGGCAGUGUGCGGACGUGUUAUCCGGCGUGGCGUCUAUCCUGCACUUAACCUUUAUCAGCGUGGAACGGUAUAUCUGCAUCUCCUCGCCACUGAAGUACCACCAGAUUGUGACCCCGGGAAAGACGAAAGUCGCUAUUAUUGCCAUCUGGAUGGUGGCGCUGAUCAUGGCGGCCAUCAAGUUCCUAUUCUGGGGCUGGCCUCCACCGGCUUACCAGUUGUCUGCGUUUGUUUUCUGCUUCACGCUUCCUACAAUCAUCAUGAGCACUGCGUACAUCAUGAUAUUCAAGGUGUCCCGUACUCAAGCAAAGAAGAUGACCAUGACGGUAAACGGCAAGCCAAAACGAUUCUGUCUUCCGAAGGAGAUGAAAGCCGCCAAGACACUAGCUGUAGUGAUGGGAGCAUUCUUCUUCUGCUGGUGUCCCUUCUUCAUUCUCAACCUGGUGUACGCUGUCUGCAGAGAGUGUCCUAUUGACAUCGAGAGCAUCAUGUUGACCAAAUGGCUGCAUUACCUCAACUCUGUCCUGAACCCUUUCAUCUACAGCUUUAUGAUAAAGGACUUUCGCAUGGCGUUCAGAAAACUCGUAAUCCACGCGGUCACGUCACGUUUCAGAGGUAGAGAGCUCAGGCUCUAUGACAGGGGUUUCUCUUCAACAAGGAACAACAGCUCAAGGACGCAAGAUCAAAGUCUACGAGGGUAUGAUCCAACGGCAAAUAAGGGUGAACAAUAUGUCUGAGCACGUGAUCAGAACGUCAAAGCGCGUGAUGCGGAAAUUUGACAUACAUGAUCGAAGUGUAACAACACGUUAUCAAGAUAUCAGAGCACGAGAUCAAACUUGGAGCAUGCCCAAAUUUUCGAGCCCAUGUCCAGAUGGUAAUGGUUUUAACUUAUCAAAAUAGUUCAGAGCAGCAAAUCGAAAUAAGAAGACACAAAAAUAGUCAAAGCACAUGUUUGAAUGGCCAAGUGGAGGGCUCAGAGUCUGAGUACAGUAGCUCAGAGCCAAAUGCCAUGAGCGACAAGAAAUAAUAGCAGAGAUGAAAUGAAAUGAUAAAAUGAAAUAGAAAUAAAUAAGGAGAAGGGGUGGAGGUGCCCACCCCCCUGAGAUUUCCCCAUACAUUUGCUGUAUUGUCUAAGGUGAUUUGCAAUUUGGGUUUGUCCAGGCCCUGCCUAUUACACUAUCAUGCACCCUUUCUGAAAUUUCAGGAUAACCCCUGUUCAUCGACACAUCAGACCUUUCCUGCAUGCAUUUCUUUUGUGGCUCACAGAUAAUUGAAGGCAAAAAUAAGAGCAUGCAUAGAUGAAGCUACCUGUACACAAAUACUGCAUGCUUAUAUUUACCACACAAAUAGAAUUGUGAUGAUCAUUUUAAGUGAAAUACUGUAUUGCUUAAUAAAAAGCAUUUUUACACCUUUCUUGGCAUACCUUUAAAAACAUUCCUGGUCAGACCUCUGACUGCAUCUAUACUUAUGUCUACUGUUUUAUAAGGGGAUCCCCACCAAUAUUCGGCACCACAUCAGCAAUGAUAUCAGAAAAACAUUGUUGUACCUGAAAAGAAACAUUUUUGAUAUCAGAUUUUCAGAUUGUCUGCACAUCACUGUUGUGUAAAUUUUCUUACCAUCUCUGCCUCUUCAGUUGACAUGAGUUUGAUGACUAUGCCAUCACAUAAUGGUGCAAGCGGGCUUGCAGAAAUAGUAAUCACAUUGUUAUACUUGUAUUUAUCUAGAAAAGAAACAAUGAUAGCUGCAUUCAUAAUUACAGAAGUUGGAACAUAACAAAGAUUUUAAGAAUGGGAAGGGAGCAUAAUCUAAAUACAGUUAAAAAUACAAUAUUUCGACUCACUAUCUGCAGAUUCAGUAUUGAUGUUAGCCUUUAAGAAAUGUAAAGCCCGAACCAUAGUAGGGAGCGGUCAUUAAUUACUGGGAGGGGGGUGGGUAUUUUUGCAAAACCCUGGGCUAAAAAAAUCAUUACCCCCCCUCAAAUCAAAGCUCAAAAGUCCUGCCCCCCCUAACCGAUGGCCCAAAAAUUUGAACCCCUCCCUUUUUUUAUAUUAGAUAAUUAUGUCUUUAAAACCAAAGAGACUUAAUAUACUGAGUGUGACUGAAUAUAACUUUUAUUAAAAUAUGGAUCAGCUAGCAUGUCAAUUUUGUCCUUUUUAAUUAAGUUUAGGGUGAAUUGUCACUUUCGCUUAUUUAAGAGUGCCACAGAGAUAAACAACAAAUACAAAUUUUACAAAGACAUUUUGACAUUUAAAAGUAUUCGUUUUGUUAAACAGAUUGGAAAGGGAAGCUUUGUCUGUCAACCAUUAGAGGGGUUCUCAAAAUUUAUUUAUAUAAAGACAAGAUCAGUACCUGAACUGUGACCCCCCUAAAUAGGCACCUAAAAAAAAUGUAGCCCCCCUACAUAUUUGCCAGCCCCCCCCCCACCCCCGUAAUAAACUACCGCUCCCUUAAUAUUGUCACUAUACAUUAAAGCCUCUUUGUUAGUUCGAUCUGAUAACUGCUCUAUUACUACUACUUACAGUGAAAUGACUUAACCUUUUCCUGGAUCGAACAGAUUUUAUCCUUAAAAUAUGGGCCAAUGAUAACACAUGUACCAACCACCUAUGAAAUAAAGAAUGAAAUUUGUUUUAUGCA